AUGAUCUCCUUACAAGGUAUCUGGGUUAUCAUCACCUUCUUUCUUGAGGCAGCGAUUCUCAUCCUUACUUACCCCAUACUUGGCGGUAUCAAUCCCAAAUACAAGCAUUCAUUGAAACAGUCAUUGAAGCUCUUAUUCUUCAGAAAGCAACUAUCGCUUCCCAUUCCAGAUGCCAAAUACCUCACACUUUAUACCAACCCUUUCUUGCUCAACAACAUUAUUGGUAACUUGUACCCUGGCAUAGUCAAGAACUUGCACAAUUACAACAAACGGUAUGACCAACAAAGUAUUUGGAUCAAUGAGGCGCCAAACAGAAAACCAGAUGACCCAAUUAUUAUCUAUCUCCACGGCGGUGGUUAUUACGGACAAACCUUGAUUGCCCAGAUUGAGGGAUUGUUGAGUAUCUAUCAAUUAGUGGACCCAGCCAAAAGAGCCAGGCUCUCUGUACUUUUAUUAGAUUACAGCUUGGCAUCAAAUGGGUAUAAAUUGACUACGCAACUUUAUGAAUUGGCUGCAACUUACAAAAGACUCACUGAACAAGAAGGCAACACCAAUAUUAUCCUUGCUGGUGAUUCAGCAGGAGGACAUCUCGCAGUAACAUUUACCCAAUGGAUACAUAGCGAACAAGGAGGCUCAUGGACAUACCCAAGGUCCUUGGUGUUGCUCAGUCCCUGGGUGAAGCUUGCUGCAGAUAAAGUACAACACACUCCAGGGCACUCUUAUCAUGACAAUGAAAAAAAGGACCUUAUACAAUAUUCUUGGUUUUCUCAAGCAUCAAGAGCUCAAGCAUUGAAAGGUGAGUUGAACCACAAAACAUUAACAGUAUCACCGGGUAAUUGUCCAUAUAAACAAAGUGACUGGGACCAAAUUCCUACAUUUUCCAAACCGGGGUAUUCAGUGUUUGUUAUUGCUGGUGAACACGAGUCAUUCUUGGAUGAUAUCAUUGAGUUUGCCAAAUACGCAGUGGACUCGAGAUUACCUAAACCUAAGCAAGACUCGCGUGGUAUAUUUGAUCCACACGUUCAUGAGUACAAAAGAGAAGAGCCAAAUGGGCCAUAUGUCGAUGUCAUAAUAGAGCCAUGGGGUGUUCAUGUUGGGUCGUUGAACUUUGAAAACGAAAUUGUGAACAAAGUAAACGAUGAUCCGAAUUUGAAAUUGAGUGAUUUAGAUGAAGUCAAGUAUUUUGGCAUUGUCAAGAUUGUCAAAUUUUUGAACAAAGUGUUGGAGUAA